AUGUUCCACCACAGCAGCAGUAAGAAGUGCUUCACCAUCGAGUCUCUGGUGGGGAAGGAGACCAGAGACUCCGGGGACGAGCCGAUCCGACCCACUGCGCUCCGGUUCCCCGAGUCCCUGCUCCCGGCCUCCUCCUCCUCCUCCUCCUCCGGGGUGUUCGGCUCCUGCUUCCAGGGCAGCAGCAGGGCCCUGUACCCGGACAUGGUGCUCCAUGAGGCCGGGACCACUCAGCAGCUGCUCCCGAUGCAGAUCCCCCACCAGAGCUUCUUCAGCCAGCAGCACCGGGACCAGCUCAGCUUCUACCCCUGGGUCCUGAGGAGCCGCUACCUGGGCCACCGCUUCUCAGGAGAGGACAGCAGUCCGGAGAACAUGCUGCUUCACGGUCCGUUCUCCAGGAAACCCAAAAGGAUCCGGACGGCGUUCUCCCCCUCUCAGCUGCUCCGUCUGGAACGAGCCUUCGAGAAAAACCACUACGUAGUCGGAGCUGAGAGGAAGCAGCUGGCAAGCGGGCUGUGUUUGACAGAGACGCAGGUGAAGGUCUGGUUUCAGAACCGCAGGACGAAGCACAAGCGUCAGAAGUUGGAGGAGGAGUCUCCUGAAGCUCAGCAGAAGAGGAAAGGCAGUCAACACAUCAACCGCUGGAGAGCAGCGACACAGCAGCCGGGAGGAGGAGGAGGAGGAGGAGGAGGAGGAGGAGACGACGACCUGGACGUCCUCAGUGAGGACUAG